AUGGUAACCAUGGAUGGGCAAAAAGUGGAUCUGGAUAAGGAUUUACCGUCGAGAAGGGAAUUCUACGAAGUAUUCAAUACAGCUGAUGGGUACACGCAGUGUCCGCGUGGAGCAAAACCCACAGAGGAGGAGGCGCAGUUAAAAAGUAAAUUAAGCACGUAUCCAGUAAGUCUUUCUUUCAAUGGGAGCCUGUUUACAAAGGCUUACUGCCACGCCUGUAAUAAAAGAGGGGAAUAUGCUUCCGCGGAUGGGAAGAAGCAUUUGGAAGAUGCUCCCUGUAAAUUCUUUUAUUAUUGGUUAGGACAUACGUACUCUUACCUACUGCAUGAGAUAAAGCUGCCGGACAUCUUGGGAGAUAUACAUAGGAUAUUGGGGACACUGUUCAAUGGGAAUGAAUGUAUAUUUAAGUAUGGGGAUAUUAGUAAUGACCUCCUUAAACAUAGGAAGAAGUUAUUCGAACAUUACUAUGAUUGUACUCAUGUGAAGGAGUAUUUAAAGCAGUUAAAAGACUCUGGUGGUAAAGCGGAGGAUGAUGUUCAUUGGGCAUCGUAUAAGUUAGAUGUUAAUGAGGCAUGUAAGUAUGUUGGCGAGUACUGCGGUGGUACUGGUGGUACUCAUGACCCCUAUUGCAAGGAAUAUAGCACCAUCUACCUAAAAUAUUGUGAAGGAAUAGACAGGAUACCAAUGCACUGCCCUACAUUAGAGGAACUCCAAGCACAUGUGGAAUUGCAGACGCAACUCCAGGACGAAACUGAAACAGAACCCGAGGUGAAAAGCACGGCACUAGAGUUCUCUGGUUCUGGGCAUGAGAGGGGGGAUACUGUGCAAACAGUGGACAGCCACUUCAGAACAACGCUUCCUACAGGAAGCACCACUGGUAGUGGUGCCCAACGCGCUUCUCCCAUCGUAUCUACCGCCGUGGGUGGUACAUUAUUCACGUUAGGAUUACCAUUAGCCGCUUUCCUUUCUUACAAGUAUAACCUCCUACCUGAUUGGAUAAAAAACUCCCUCUUUGGUGGACUCAAUAACGGCAACAACAGAAGAGGUGGAAGAAGAUCUACCAUUGGACGUAAUCAUCAUUUUGACGAUACUUUCACAGAAAAUUCAAUGGACACUUCUACUAACUUGUCCAGGGAAGUCGAUUCCAUAAUGAACUUGUCAACAGCACCUUCGACAGCAACAGAAGAUAAUUCUACCACAUAUGAUGAAUCAUCCGGGCGGCAGAAUAAUAGAAGACAACAACAACUGAGACGGAGGCAACAGGGACAAAGGACGAAUAUAGCUUAUUAUAGUAUGUAA